AUGCGGGAGCCCCAGACGCGCGUCACGGCGACUGGCAGAAUCGUUGCGAUUGGGGACCUCCACGGGGACCUAGAGAAGACGCUAGCUUCCCUGCAGCUGGCGCGCGUGCUGGACAUCGACUCGCGCGGCGCGGCGCGCUGGGCGGGGGGCGAUACGGUGGUGGUGCAGCUGGGGGACGUCUUAGACCGCGGCAACACCGAGAUUGGCAUCUUGAAGCUGCUCAUAGAGCUAGACCGCCAGGCGCGGCUGGAGGGCGGCGCAGUGUACAUGCUGAACGGAAAUCAUGAGAGCCUGAACGUCUGCGGGGACUUCCGGUACGUCACCCCUGGGGCGUUCAUCGAAUCGGCAGUGGAGUAUGGCAUCCCCCGGGAGGUGGCGCUCCGCAACUGGGACGGCUGCAUCCAGGCGCGUGCGGCGCUGUUCUUGCCCGGCGGCAGGGUCGCGCGCAUGAUGUCGCGCAACCCCACCAUCCUUAUCGUCAACGACACAGCCUUUGCGCACGGCGGCCUGCUGCCCAACCACGUCGCGUAUGGCAUUGACCGGAUCAACGCUGAGGUGGCGGCCUGGAUGCGGCGCGACCGCGUGGAGGACGGCUUUGCUGGGCCGCCGUUCCCGGCCAUGGGGGACGGCAAGUCUGUCAUGUGGAGCCGCCAGCUCAGCGUGGAGAAGUGGAUCAACCCCAUCGACCGCUUCCAGGCGUCGAAGCAGGUGUCGUUGGCGCUGCAGCUGGUCGGCGCGAAGCGCCUCGUAGUCGGACACACGCCGCAGAUGCGGGGCGCCAACUCUGAGUGCGACGGCAAGGUGUGGCGCAUCGACGUGGGCAUGAGCAGCGGCGUGCUGGACGCGCCCGUGGCGGUCCUCGAGAUCGACCGCGACGCCGGCACCGGCGAGGCGGUGUGCAGGGUACUGACAGAGGGGGAGGGCUUCCUCUCUUAUGAUGAGGCCGCCAUGGCCGCGUUCUGA